GGCAGGCGCCACACUUGACCCCCCCAAAAAGACCAAGCGAUUCGACGGUACCUACCUACCUACGUACGGGAAUACGUACCUCUCCACAGUGUGCUGGACUGUACAUUGCAGCGCCUCGCCUCGUCCGCAGCCCAGCACUUUACGUGCCUACCUUCACUAUUCGUACAUACUACUACUAUUACCGCCUACCUAACUACGACAAACUACCUAGGCCCAUCUCCUACCAACAUCUCAAUCGCCUCUCCCCCAACCGCUGCCCGAAUCCGACGACUAGAUCACGACAAUCACCCUCUCUUUCGCGUCCUCCCGAUCUCAACUUGUCUGGCACGUCCGUCGCCCGGAGCAGCAAUACCGCCCUCUUCAGAUCGGUCCCCUCGGUUUAGUCCCCCAUCAACAUCCGCCGCCAAAAUGUCGAGCAACCGCAAUUACGACUUCCUUAUCAAGCUUCUGCUGAUCGGCGACUCGGGCGUAGGCAAGUCCUGCUGCCUGUUGCGCUUCAGCGAAGACUCGUUCACGCCGUCCUUUAUCACGACCAUCGGUAUUGAUUUCAAGAUCCGCACUAUCGAAUUGGACGGCAAGCGUGUCAAGCUCCAGAUUUGGGAUACCGCCGGCCAAGAGCGCUUCCGCACAAUCACCACCGCCUACUACCGUGGCGCCAUGGGCAUUCUCCUUGUCUACGAUGUCACCGACGAGCGCUCCUUCAACAACAUCCGCACCUGGUUCGCCAAUGUCGAGCAACAUGCCACCGAGGGCGUCAACAAGAUUCUCAUCGGCAACAAGUGCGAUUGGGAAGAGAAGCGUGUCGUCUCGACCGAGCGCGGUCAGCAGCUCGCCGACGAGCUCGGCAUCCCCUUCCUCGAGGUCUCGGCCAAGAGCAACAUCAACAUCGACAAGGCCUUUUACUCACUCGCCGCCGACAUCAAGAAGCGUCUAAUCGACAACCAGAAGAACGAGCAACCCGCCGCCUCGGGCGUCAACGUCGGCGAGUCAAGUGGAGCCGGCGGAAAGUGCUGCUAAAGUAACGGAACGGGGCUUGGGCACGGGACCGCUCGAUUUCAAUGCUGUGUGUAUUUUCCGAAAGCAAGAUUUGAUUACUUUGUGUCGAUUCCGCGCUGCCGCCGGGGACAGCGACAUCCUACAGAGGCACAUGAAGACGCGCAUGAUAGGAGAGACAGAGGGAGAGAGACAUGGGCAUAUGGGGCUUCACAGCGGGUCUGCCCGCCGGAAAGGACACGCAGAGAAACUCGGUGAAAGAGAGAGGAGGACAUGACAGGGGCCAACCGAGAGGCAGGGCCGGGGCUUCCGGCCAGGCAAUUGGCUGAGAAAGGGAAAAACUCGUGAUGGGCCCGACCGGCUGGGCGUGCGUUGUGUGUGUGCUCGAUGGACGAGAAACACGGCGGGCGCUCUCUCGCUCACCAAUCUGCCCUCAGGCCCCCCCCUUCCCACGGGGAGAAACUACUGUGUGGUUAUUUGUCAUGUGGUUUCUUGCCGACAGCGCCUUUUUAUCGAACCCCCCUAGAGAGCAAAUAUCUGGUCUGGAGUUUCGGGAUUUUAUUUCUGGGUUUUUAUAAUACAUCCUUUUUCCCCCUCGGGUGCUCCCACUAUGCUUGAUGAAGUUGUACAUUAGGAGGCGUUGGCCUUUUGAUAUAUACAUGCCCCCUACACAUGCUCCUGGUGUAUCUUACAAAGAGUUACUAUACACUUUUCAUCGACGGUCGCUGCUACUUGUGACAAUUACCACACUACAUGCGUGUUUACGAUGACGCUCUGGUCAUUCGUCAGGAUAAGCUCCUUUUUAUGCCACGCACGAACGAAGCGCCUCGCUUCGUGCACGUCCGGGAACGACACCACGAACCGGCCGGACGGGGCCGUCUCGUCCAGCGCGUCGGGGGUGGUGCCUCUCCGUCCCGAGUUGGCCUCCGUCGCCGCCGGAGCCGCGUCGUCUUCGUCGUAGACGAGGCCCUCCCCGGUCUCCGUAAGCUUUUCCGCCUUCGUCGCGGUUCUCUGGUGCACCUUGGGCGCAAAGUACGGACGCAGGUGCUGCACCGGCCAGCCCAGGUUGCGGUCGCGGGCGUCGCGGCGGAUCCAGUGGGAGAGGCUGCGCUGGUCGAGGGUGCCGCCGUCGAGGGAGAGGACAACGUGGGCGUUUGCGCGCGGGGGCGGUUCGGGGGUCAUGCUGAGGAGGCCUUGGAUGCUGAAAGUCUCGAGGCGGGCCUCGGUGGCGCGGUUGAGUUUGUAGAGGUGGAGGUUUAGGGGCGUCUUGGAGGGAGGCGCGAGGCUAAAGACUGAUGUUUGGGAGGCUGUGGAAGAGGUUUCAGCGGACGUCAGGCCGGCGGCGGGGGACGUUAGGGCACGGCCUGCGAGGGCGUGGAGGCGUUGCGCUUCGCGCUGGUACGCUGCUGCCGCGGCAUGGGAGUCGAAGAGGAUGAAGUAGCGGUCCAUUGGUGCCAGGGUGCCGUAGUCAUAGGCCUGCAUGACCUUGGUGAUGGAGGCGCUCCAGCCGUCGAGGUGCUGGCCCUGGGGGCCGAUGCGGUAAAAGUCGGACUCCAUGAGAUUCGGGCUGGCGUUGGAGAGGAUUAGCAUGGCGGAGCGCUCGGCCUUGGCCAGUGCCGCCUCCUCCUCCUUUGGGGACGCGGCUUCUGAAGAGGCGGUGUUGGCGGCGUCGUCUUUAGGGAGGGAGUCGAUCCAGGACUGGAGGUCGUUGUGGUCUACGGAUCUCUCUUCGAAUAAGUUCUGACCGGCCUGAGAAUUCCUCAACAAGGCCUCGACGCCUCCUUUGCCCAGCACUGCUCCCGCCGCCGACUCUGCUUCUCCCGAUCCCGGGGACGAGAAGAGCUCGUUGAAGAUGGAGGAGCUCUCUCCGUCGGCGACCUUGUCCUUUUUCUUCUUUUCACGCGCGCUCGACUCGAAAAAGUCUGCAAUCUUCCCAGCCGCUUCGCCCCCUGCCUUGCUGGAUUUGUUCUUGCGCUCCAGUUGCCUCAGUCUGUACUCUGUCGCCUCGGACUUUUCCGGGUCGGUGGAGGUCAGGAACCGGACCUUGACCUUGCCUUUGCCUUCUCCAUCGUCCUGUUCGUUGGCCCGACGAUUCGGGUGAGAGUAAAUGUCAUCGUUCGGGAAUAGCUCCUCGAAAAGCGAAGGCGCCUUUGCCUUGGGCUCCUCUCUCCGUGACGGUUUCUUCUUGCCCCAUUUGUCGUCGGGUGAGCUGCGCUGGGGUUGGGUCGAGAAGAGUCGUUUGCCAGGGCCGUGGUCUGCGCGAAAGAACCGUCGGAGUGUAGGUGCUGGCGUCUGUGGUAACGGCAGCUGCUGUAACAGCGGGAGCCGUCGUCGGGCUGCGAUUGUGGUCAUCCGGGCAACUCUGAGGGCCGAGCUGCGCAGCCCUCGGAGGUCAGCCCAUUGCAUGGGCCCGGAGGGACUUGGGCUUCGUCGGAUCGGCGGAGGAGGGAUAGGAGAGAGAGGCGUCUUGUAUCUCGGUUGGCGUGUAUAGCUGAGACUUCUAUGUUGUGGGUGGUAAAGGCUGUUGUAAGUGAAGAAAGAAGUUGAAUACUGGACCUAGCUUUCUUCCGCG